AUGCAAUUCAGGUCAAAGGCCUGAGGAGGAAAGAGAAAACAAGUGAAAGGGCAUGCCAAUGAUUCAGUAGAAAGAGUAGAUAGGCUACAUCUAAUUCAGUUCGUUGUAGUUGUUACUGAAAACUUAUUACUAAAAGGAAAUGGAUUGGACUGGAACAAUUUUAAUUGUAUUACUAUUUAUUCUUGCAAUUAUGUUCCUUUUGCAAAAGGGAAGUUUCUGGAAUAACAGCUGCCCCAAUCUUCCCCCAGGACCCAGGACUAUACCCAUUUUGGGAAACCUGCACAUGAUGGAUCUAAAGAGGCCUUACAGAACAAUGAUCAAGUUGUCCAAAAAAUAUGGUCCUGUUUUCCGCCUCAGACUGGGAUUCCAGGAAAUGGUGGUGCUGACUGGUUAUGAGACAGUGAAAGAGGCUCUAGUGAACCAGGCUGAUGCAUUUGCAGAGAGAGCCUCCGUCCCCCUUUUUGAGGAUUUUGCAGAGGGCUUUGGUCUUAUUUUUUCUCAUGGUGAGAACUGGAAAACAAUGCGACGAUUUACAUUGUCCACAUUACGGGACUAUGGAAUGGGCAAGAAGACUAUUGAAGACAAAAUCAUUGAAGAGUGUAAUGUCUUGACAAAAACAAUUCAGACUUAUGCAGGAAAUCCCUUUGAGAUCCAAACAGUUGUGACUCCUGCUGUUUCCAACAUCAUAGUUUCUAUUCUACUUGGGAAGCGCUAUGACUAUGAAAAUGCCACAUUUCUACGACUUCUGAAGAUAAUCGGUGAAAAUCUACGUCUUUCAGGGUCCCCCAAUAUAUCGGUAAUCUAAUAUGUUGUUCGAAGAAAAAAAUGCAUGUAGUAUAGG